UCAGAGUGAUAUCUGUCACGUGCAUCGAACGCGCCCAGAUGGCACGUCUAGAAUAUGAUAUUGGUAUUGUGCGGCUGACCAUGCAUCUCGAAGUUAUCGUGUCGAGCACACAACGCCAAAAGCAACUCUCUCGGCUUGCUAUCAUCAUCAUUGUUAUCCUGUUCGCUGCUGUGCUGGCACGCCAGCUAUUCUCGAAAGCAACUCUUCGGGAUCAACACCCUCAUACGCGCAGUCCUCAUACCUUGAUCCAGGGACGCUGGAAAGACGUGCGAACGUCACUGGGCUUGCCUCCUCUUCCUGAUAUCAUCAACCAACCGGCUGCUGUUCUUCCCCCGUCAACAUCACAUCGCACAGGAAAGCUCCCCUCGCGCUUUGAUCUCCGUCGGAAGCGUGCUGAAGCAGACCUUCGGAGUCAGAACAGGCUUCACCUCGCUACUGACGUGAGAGAUGCACCCCGCGUAUCAGUGCAAGCACUAGCCGCGUCAUUCCGCCGCAUUGCAGCAGCUGAGAAAGAAAUAGCAGAGAUGCGAGGUAAACAUGAGAAGUCGGGACAGAAGGUACGGGUCCAAAGACGUAUUGAGGACUGGCAGGACUCAACAAAUGCAAAAGACGUAUUGACUACUGUCACGAAUGACUAAAUGAUGUUCGCAGUUGACAAUCGUACCAACAAUCGAGUAGACAUCAUACAAUCGAUAAUGUAUGACAGCAAUUACCAUUAUUUCUCCUUAGCCGGAACAGCCUCCGCGCCAUCAUCUGUUUUGCUCUUCAUCCAUGCAACGAAGUCAUCGAGUAAUGAUGGCCAAGCCUACGGGAUUUAGUAUACGCAUGGUUGCGACGUAGUAUGAAUCUGAUGUAACGUACCCCAUCAGCCUCGUAAUUAGACAAGGAAGGGUCCACAACGCGGCAGAACUCGUGGACCUAUCUUGUAUGAGUACGUCAUAUGCCUGGCGAUGAAAGGACUGACCAUAUUCCAAAUGU